GCACAGACAUGGCUGCUGAAAGCUCACGAACUUUCCUAUUUCUGGCGGUCCUUGUCCUGGGUAUCUUUGCUGAUCCCUGUGAGAGCCAAGAGUUGCAAUGUCAGUGUAUUCAGACCCAUUCUCCCUUUAUUCCAUUCAAAUUCAUCUCAAAAGUUCAGCUGAUCCUUGAAGGUGCCUACUGCAGCAGAAAAGAAAUUAUAGUCACACUGAAAAAUGGAAAAUUAAUUUGUCUGGAUCCUGAAGCUGAAUGGGUGAAGAAUGUUAUCAAAAAGAUUUUGGACAGUGCCUCUAACUGAUGGUCAACACAAGGAGCAUCGCAUCCUGUGGCUACCAGGCACCCUUGUUUUCAUCGUGAACCUGGACGUCCUUCAGAAUUGUCUUUAAAGUAGCACCAAUUUAUGCCAAUGUUAGGACUAUAAUGAACUACUUUCUUUAUUUAUGCUGCAGACCUAAAGAUAGUUUUCAAUCAGAUGAAACUGGAAAUCCAAGAUCAAGGUGCCAAUAUGGUCAGGUUUUUGGUGAAGGUCUUCUUCCUGUCCAUCUUCUUGGGGUCUUUUUGUGGUGAGAAAAGAGAGAGCUAGCUCUCUGGUUUUUCCUUUUGAGAACACUAAUAUUAUUCAUGAGAGUUCCACUCUAUGACUUAAUUUCUUUCCAAAGGCCCCACCUUUACAUACCAUCCCAUUGAGAUUAGGAUUUUAACAUAUGAACUUUGGGGGGACACAGAUACUCACUAU